AACUCACUGUCUCCUUGCCCUCAGAUGGUCUCCCCUAAGAUUUCCCCGAUUGUCUUGCUUCUUCUCUUCCCACUUGCAGAAACUGCUGCCCACACCUCUACCCUGAGCUGCCUGCUGGGAGCAUGGAGCUGCCAACAAAGUCUGGCACUUUCGACCUGGGCCUGGCCACAUGGAGCCCUACUCUCCAGGGGGAAAACCACUGGGGUCAGGCACGCUGCAGGGACGUUGGCAGGCAGCUGCCUGAGUACAAGGCAGUGGUGGUGGGCGCAAGUGGCGUGGGCAAGAGUGCGCUGACCAUCCAGCUGAACCACCAGUGCUUCGUGGAGGACCACGAUCCCACCAUCCAGGAUUCCUACUGGAAGGAGUUGGCCCUGGACAGCGGGGACUGCAUUCUGAACGUGCUGGACACAGCAGGGCAGACCGUCCAUAGAGCCCUGCGUGACCAGUGCCUGGCUGUCGGUGAUGGUGUGCUGGGCGUCUUUGCUCUUGAUGACCCCUCGUCUCUGAUCCAGCUACAGCAGAUAUGGGCUGCCUGGGGCCCUCACCCUGCCCAGCCCCUUGUCCUCGUAGGCAACAAGUGUGACCUUGUGACCACCGCUGGAGAUGCUCAUGCUGCUGCCGCAGCCCUCGCACACAGCUGGGGUGCCCACUUUGUGGAGACCUCAGCCAAAACACGGCAAGGUGUGGAGGAGGCCUUUUCACUGCUGGUCCAUGAGAUCCAGAGAGUCAAGGAGGCCAUGGCGAAAGAGGCAAGGGCAAGGUCCUGUGUGGAGAAGACCCGGCACCAGAAGGCCACCUGCCACUGUGGCUGCACUGUGGCCUGAAGGUCUUGGCCAAGAAAUGUAGACCCUCCCCAGGCCAGGGUGAUUGUUCGCUUGACUUGAGACUCCUGAAGCAACUAGCUUUGAGGGACACAUUCCAUAUACUAGGGAAAGAUGGACACCUCUCUUGUUUUCACUUGGUGAGGGGCUUUUUGGUAACACAGGAGUACCUAGUGUUGCUUUUGUUAUGUCAA